AUGGACGUGACGGAUGCGCUGAGGCAGCAGGAACGAACCCAGCUGCUUAACAUAUUCAAACGCUUCAAAGGGGAUAAGUGCCUUUUUUUCGAGAAAUCACUCCAUAUCAUCCUCAACGUGGUCCUAAACGACGAUGAUAUUAACAAAGAACGAAUAGAACAUGUAUUCCUACUGGACAAUGAAACAGAAGUUAAUGUAAGCAAGCUGGAUAAGGUCCCCAACAUCCUAUUCUUUUUGCGACCCCAUUUUUAUGAAAUCGAAAAUGUCUUUAAGGUAAUUGAAAGGGUUGAAAAGUGUGAGAGCGGAAAGCUCGGGGGGGGGAAGCUUGGUGGGGGCCAGCUCGGAGGGGGCAAGCUCAGAGGGGGCCAGCUCGGGGAGGACGCCCCCGGGGGGGGUAGAAAGUACUCCCUCGUCUUCAUUCCGUAUAUGACUCCAAUGUGCGAAGCGGAAAUCGUAAAGCACAACCUGCUGGAUAUCCACAUCCACGUGAUUGUCUUCCCCCUUUACUUCUUCCCACUGUACAAUGACGUAUUCAGCCUAGAGAUAAAGGGACUGUACAAGGAGUAUUACGUGGAUAGCGAUUUCACCCACCUACUAAUGUGCUCCUUCAGCCUUAUGUUCUUACAACACCUCUUUCAUGGAGUCUUCAAAAGCAUCAAAUCGUUGGGACAUGUGUCUCACUCCAUAGUGGAACAAUUAAUCCAGCUGAGAAAGGAAAUAGUAGCGAUGAAUUUCGAUAUCCAGACUCCCAACAAAUUUGAUGAAGAUUUCUUAGACAUAUUGACCAACUUACAAAAUAUGCAAGACGUUAGACAUCUGGGGGAUUCAGGACAACCACCUGUCAUCCCGGUGAAGUACGCUCUGCAUAAAAUUUUCCUCUCGGAGCGCGCCCGCCGCAGGACUAGGAGGAGGAGUCCCAGGACCAGCAGGGAGACCUUCGAUAAAGGCAACCAGAAAGGGACCGCUCAAGGGAGGACCCUCCAUGGGGGGAAGAAAAAUAGGGGAGAUAAAUCCCCAACGGGGAGCUGCGCGGAGGAGGGAGAUGAGGAUGAAGCUGAAGAUGAGGCUGAAGAUGAAGCUGACUAUGAUGAUGAUGAUGAUGGCGGUGACGAUGACGGUGAAGGUGGCAGCGACGGUGAUGAUAACCGUGACGGUGAUGAUAGCCGUGACGGUGAUGAUAACCGUGAUGGUGAUGAUAACCAUGACGGUGAUGAUAACCAUGACGGUGAUGAUAACCAUGACGGUGAUGAUAACCAUGACGGUGAUGAUGACAACGGCGAGCAACGCGAUGCGGCGGAGGGAGACCCCCCCGGGCGGAGCGAAGAAGCGCCAAACGGAGCGCUAAAAAAAACACGCGAGGGGGAGGAACACGCACCGGGGGAGCGACCAAGAAGGCGAAACGAACAAUCGAUUAAGGAAAUGCCAUCACAGGGAACACUCGUAGAUAUGGGAGGAGUGCCAAACGAACGGGUAAAUAUCGACUCUGCUUCGGAUCUGUCAAGGAACUCCAGAGGGGGGAUUAAAAAAAGAGACAUCUCGAACAGUGGCGGAAGGGAUGGAAACAAAAGUUCAAGCUCCUUAGGGAGAAGUGACGGGAAGAGGGAGGAGGGCAUAUCCCCCAGUAGAGGGCGUAAAGCAGGGGAGACAAAGCAAACCAUACAGGGGGGGAGGAGGAAGGGAAGCCCACGUAGCCGUCCCUCCAAAGGGUCAACCAAAAGGGUAAUCAACUCAAUGGAGAAGAAAAGAACAGACUCAGAGGAAGAGACACAUUUGGUGAACGAAGACUACGAGAGCGGCUCGGAGGGAACGGGUCCUAAUUUUAUGGCUAAGGAAGAUAAUACGAAUUUCCUAAUGAAAAAAAACGAGAAGCAGGAGAUGAAACGGAGGACCAAAAGGGAGAAAAGCUACCUACAGGAGAAGCUAGGCAUAUCGAAUUUUAAUUUCCUGCUUAGCGUUUCCACUAAGAUUGACUCCUGUGUAAUCAUCGAUCGGAGAAUAGACAUGGUGACUCCCUUUUGCACCCCCUUCACAUACGAAGGGUUACUAGACCAUCUGUUUGGCAUCUCCAAUUUGCAGAUAGAAGUCCCUCGAUAUAUUAUAUUUAACGAGAUGAGUACUCCAGGAGGGGAGAAAAAAACACAGGAGAAACAACACAACGACGAUGUACUAAAAAACAUGAUGGUGAGAAUAAAACUGAAGAAUUCGGUAGAUGUACUUUACAACGAUAUAAAGGAUCUAAGUCCAAACCAAGUCGGGUUCUACCUUCACAACAAAGCUAGCGAAAUACAAAAAACGUACAAAGAAAAAGACACACUGAAGGAUAUAGAAGAAAUCAAUAAUUUUUUGAAAAAAAUUAAAGUAAAGCAUUAUGAACACAAUUCCUUGUCGACUCAUGUGAACCUCGCUUCCUUCAUCCUCACCACAAUGAAGAAGGAAGAAAAUUUCAAUAAACUCAAAUUAGAAGACGAAAUAAUUCAGCUGAAUAACACAUCCAAUAGGACCACUCUACAUAAAAUAGUCCAACAGAUUCAACAUCUUAUAUACUCAAAUAUAGACAUAUUUGAAGUGUAUCGGCUUUUGUGUCUCUUUUCUGUGGUGACAAAUGGGUUCGGUGAGACCUACACCAAUGAACUAAAAAAAGACAUUAUUGAGAAUUAUGGCAUAAAAGAACUGAGUCGUAUAAAUAAAUUACAUAUGUGUAGCAUUUUAAAAUCUCAAUCGAAGCAGAAAUUUAUUUGGAGCCAUCUCAGAAACCAUUUUAAUUUACUGUCAAAUGAGCAGAACGAUAUUUCGUACGUUUGUAAUGGGUACGCUCCUCUCUCCGUGAGGCUAAUAGAAUACAUGGGCAUAUUAAAGAACAACAUGCAAGCUUUCCCUGAAAUUUUUAACCUUUUGAGCGGACCUACUCUCGACAUUGUGCAGAAUGCCGUUGGGUAUGGCAAAUUUGGCGUGGACACGGGGAAGAAGGCACCUUGGGGGGCAGAUGAAGAUGUGGAGGGGCAGAAGGACGUCGUGCUGCUGUUCUAUGUGGGCGGCAUUUCCUACGCGGAGAUCGCCGCCAUCCGCAACUUGAACAGGCACAGCCGGGCCUACCACUACUUGAUAUUCACCACGGAGGUCAUCAGCUCCAGGCGCCUUCUCCAAGGACUCGCAGCGCCCUAG